CUGAAAGCAGCUGAUCGGUCCUGGUAGUUCGCGUUGCCGCUCGCGCUGCCUUGCUGCUCUUUGGGGAGGGAGACGGUCGCGGUCACGCUGGGAUACCAUCUCAUCUCCGAUCACCUCUAUCCGGUAAAAAUUGUGGGGGAGACGGCUUUCAAAGAGAAAAAUACCUUUUAUUGAAGACAAAAGACGGUAUCAGCAGGAAACCGCUGUUAUAGUUAUGGCCCCGACCUUGUAUGAUGAGAAGCCGAAACCUGGUGACCUAAUUGAGAUUUUUCGUGGGACGUACAGCCAUUGGGCCAUGUAUGUUGGAGAUGAUUACGUCGUCCACCUUGCCCCCCCAAGCGAGGAAGCUUGUGGUGGCGCCUACAGCAUGAUGUCUGUUUUGUAUGACAAGGCCAUUGUGAAGAUGGACAAUCUGUUGGAUGUGGUGGGGACCAGUAAGUUCAGCAUCAAAAACCUUCUGGAUGAUAAAUAUGAGCCCAGGAGUGUCGGCGAAAUACUGAAGGAUGCUCGGAGUCUGGUGGGUCAGGAGCUGCCAUACUGUGUCUUCCGAGGCAACUGUGAGCAUUUUGUGACAGAGCUGAGGUACGGCAAGCCAGAGUCCCGACAGGUGCGUAAUGCCGUGCAGACGGCUGUAGGAGUGGGAGCUGCUGCGAUCGGUGUGGGUCUGCUGGCUGCAGCUGCUGUCGCUAUAUUUGGUAGCGGGAGGAAAGAGCGGAGGAACAGCCAGUGAGAUGAAGCCCGACAGUGAAGGUGGAGGGUCAGCUUAAGCACAGACCUGCACAAACAAAGUGUGCCCCCACCCAGCCUGAAUGACAUCCUGCUUCCUUACUGCUAACUGCUGAAGUAUUUACUGGGAAAUCUGUAAAUGUGGGUCACUCUCACAACCUUCUCAACUUAAAUUGAUUUUAAUGCACAAUGGUAAACUGAUAACUGCCAGCAAAUGGAUGCUGAUGUUUUGCCAAGCAGAUAAGCUGACAUGAGACUAGUGGACUGAGCUUUAUUUGAUACCAUGCAGCACUUGAAUAAUUUGUACAUUUACAUUCUAGUCAUUAGCUUUGUGCCAAAGAUUUUUAAAAGUUAUACUCUGCAAUAAAGGGUAAUUUACAUGAUGUAAUACUUUUUAAAAAACUGAAUAUUUAUUAAAGUAACUUUUGGAACUAAUCUGUUAAUUUCUUAUGGAGAAAUUGAAACUUUGAUCAUUCACUUUAUAUGACCUGAAUGUUUUCUCUUGGUGUUUUAUUAUUUUCAAUAAAAAAUAAAGUAACUGCAAUAACUGAUUCAA